AUGUCAGAUAAAGUCAAAGAAAUUACUUAUUGCGAGGUAUUUCUCGCAUCGCCCAGUCUCACCAUACCGACCACCGAAGGACUUGGUCUAAGCAUCAAAGGCACUAUCCGCUUUACACUUUCGGCUCCGCUCAAACUCAGUCAAGUAGUCGCUAAGCUCCAUGGAUAUUCACAAUAUGACAAUUCUCAAAAGACGGGGAUUAUGAGAAAUCUUAAUAUCAAAGAUAUCAUCAAACAGAAAGCCACAGUCGUCAAUGUCGCGAAAUCAUUCCCCGCCGGUGAGACAGAGCUUCCUUUCAUUAUCAACAUUAAAUCGCCCCAAUCGCUCCUGGCAACCGUCGAAGGCAAAAAUGCUGCAAUCCGGUACAUCAUUACCGUUGAACUAACAAGAGCUGGAGCACCGCUCGCAGUCUAUAAAACUACAAAGAAUGUGAUUUUGCGCAAGCGCAAUAUACCAAAAGAGUGUGAUAUUAACGAAAUGGUGACUGUCGAAGACGAAAAGGAGAACCUGUUAAAGUAUAAUUUGCGGAUUUCAAAAUAUCUCUUUAUAGAAGAUACGAACGAUCAAGACGGAGAUGCUGCGAAUGCGCAAAGUUCUCUAAAAGUGGAAGCUUCAUUCGAUGUUAUCGAUAACAAAACAAAAGUAAAGGAAGUGAAAGUUGAAGCUUUUGAAUACGAGAUGUACAACAUUGCCAAAGCUACAGCUGGUACUAGCGGAUCAGCCGGGACUAAGCCCUCCGGUUCGAAAACUGCAGCCAGAUCUCGUUCAACACCAAAAAUUCCCGCCUUUUCAGCAAUUUCCAUUCCAAAUCCUCAUCACACUAUACCGUUAUUAAAUCCUCCGCUGACAAUACCUCUGACAGAAUCCGAAUCUGGUGUAGUGAAAUUUGAAAUUCCCUUCACUGACAAGAUGAAACCAGACUCCAAAGCUCCUAUAUUGGAAGUGAAGCAUGAAGUUGUAUUGACGAUUAAAUUUGAAAAGUUUCUGUUGAUGCCAUUAAAGUUGGAAGUGCCGUUUGUGGUUGCCACACGUAAAAACAAAGGCUCAGCAGGCGGCAUAAAAGAGGAACCGGAAGAGAAGGCAGAGGAGAAUAGUAUAAAUGAAUGA